AUGGCUAUCCCCAGUGCGCAAGCGCAAGCGCAAGCUCAAGGAAGUAUGCUCGACCUACCAGGAUCCAUCGGGGUCGCGGUCGACGAUGUGAUUUUCUCGAGCGAACAAGAUUCGGCGCCCAAGUACACAAACACGUCACAGACCACCGGUGCGGGAAUCCUCCUCGUGGCCAAGAUAUGUGACGCCCUGUCAAAAUGGGGUGGCUAUGGCGACGACGAUGUCCGUGGCGUGGGUGACCUGGUGGCCAAAAACUUGAUCACCUACAAUUCAUCGCACGUCAAGAUACAGUCGGGGACUAGUGUCGACGAAGACAGUGACAGCAAAGGUUCUGGAAGAGAUGUUCCCCAAAAGACCGUCGCCUCGAUGCUCAAAGCGCUCGUGGACCCUACCGUCUCGCGUUCGAGAAACGUGCACGUAAACUCCAAUGAGCCCGUCUUGCUCGUCAAUUUCGACUACCCUCUCCUGCCGAACGACACAGACUGGGUCAAUGAUGUGAUUGAUGCAACUGUCCAGGAGCUGCAACACCAGUGGAACAUUUGGCCCGUACGUGUGUAUGGCUAUGCCAGCCCGUCGACAUACAUAAAACCAAUGGCAACCGAUGCCUCCACCAGUCACGAAGACGUGCAAUGCAACGGCUUCUCCAUAACAUUGCUCAAUGUUGUAAAUACAAACAUCGGCGGCCCAAGCAUGCCCCAACUACUCGACGCUCCAUGUGAUGCUCCUGAAUGGAAGAGGUAUGUGAGGCAGGAGAUAUGGAGGGAACAGCACCUCGUGAGUCGUGAAGUGGGCAAGGAAAUCUGGAGUCCGCAAGGUGACUCGCCUGCGCAUGACGACAACGCAUCCGAGCAAUCCUUCGAAAGCGGGAGUGACACCGAGGACGAUAAAUCUGUCGGCUCAGAUGCUGCCAACUUGGCGACUGAAAGCAACCCGGAACCGGCUGAGGCGCCGGAGUGGGAUAAUGAAGCAGCUCCGGAGCACGAAGACGUAGCUCGUGAGGCCGCUGCUCAUGGAGAAACUCAAACCCUCGCCCAUUCAGAGGAGGAUUUGGUCGAAAGCGGUAUCGACGAGGAUGAUACUCGGGACGCGACCCAAGCCCCGAAUCAAGAGGAAUUGCUGUCAAAGGGAUUCGAGGCGCCGGAGAGACAAGUCAGACAUCCGACGUGGGAACGCCACGGUGACAGCACGUCUCUGAUCGAUCUCAUCAGAUCCCAGGCGUCGCUGAUUGCGCCGUUCGGGACGGAAGAUGCAGGACAGGGCAUCGGCGACAUUGAGGGUGAGGGGCCCAACUCGAGAACAGAGGACGUUGGAUCACCGUCCGCCGACGAGGACGAGUAUAUCGUCGUUGGAGACUCUAGUCAGCAAUCUCAGGCUUGA